AUUUAAGAUAAAUGACAGAAAAUUUGAUUAAAUGGAACGUAUGUUUUUAAACUUUGGUAUUAGUAUUUUUUGCAGCAAUGGCGACAGCGAUUGUUAAUUCGGCUCGUCAGGUGGGGAGGUUAACUAAUGCUGUAAGGAGACUUUAUUCAGAUUAUCCUAAGAUAACUACACAUUAUACUAUACACUCGCGCGAUAAGGAUCCACGAUGGAAAGACAUAGAAAUGGAACGUAUGGCAGAAGAGACAGAUAUACUUAUUAUUGGUGGUGGUCCAGCGGGUAUGGCGGCAGCCAUCAGGGCAAGACAAAUAGCAGAAGAGAAGGGGGCUGAAGUCCGUGUUACAUUAUUAGAAAAGGCAGCAGAAGCUGGUGGUCACAUAUUAUCAGGAGCAUGUGUAGACCCUAUUGCAAUGAAUGAGUUAAUACCAGAUUGGAAAGAGAAGGGUGCUCCAUUUGAUACUCCCGUCUCAUCAGAUAAAUUUGGCUUGUUGACAAAAUCGGGAAGAAUUCCUCUACCAGUUUUUCGUGGUUUACCAAAUUACAAUCAUGGAAAUUAUGUGGUCAGACUGGGACACCUUGUAAGAUGGCUUGCUGAACAGGCAGAGGCUGCUGGUGCCGAGGUAUGGCCAGGUUGCGCAGGCGCAGAAUUGUUGUACAGAGAUGAUGGUUCGUUAAAAGGCGUGGCUACUGGUGAUGUCGGUAUUGCUAAAGAUGGCAGUCCUAAAGACAUGUUUGAGAGGGGCAUGGAGUUCCAUGCCAAGAUAACAAUUUUUACUGAAGGUUGUCACGGACAUCUAACAAAAAUGGCUUCAAAGAAAUAUAAUUUGCGAGAGAACAGUGAGCCACAAUCAUAUGCUAUUGGGUUGAAGGAGUUGUGGGAAGUUAAACCAGAGAAUCACAAGCCAGGCCUAGUGGAACAUACAAUAGGCUGGCCCCUAGACAAGAAUACCUAUGGAGGAUCCUUCAUCUACCACCUGCAGGCCGGAGAGGGUGAAGCGCCCUUAGUGGCUGUGGGAUUUGUUGUAGGCCUGGAUUACUCCAAUCCCUACUUGAGCCCCUUUAGAGAGUUCCAAAAGUUUAAGUUGCAUCCCUAUGUUAAACCCAUGUUUGAAGGUGGUACCAGAAUAGCAUACGGCGCACGCGCACUAGUGGAAGGAGGAUGGCAAUGCCUGCCCAAGCCAGUGUUCCCGGGUGGGUGUCUCGCAGGGGACACUGCCGGGUUCCUUAAUGUUCCCAGGAUCAAGGGCACGCACAAUGCUAUGAAGAGUGGAAUGUUGGCAGCGGAGAGCGCCAUGGAACUGAUAUUGUCGGGUGAAGCUACUCACGAGAAAGGAGUGACUCCUACGUUGUAUGAAGAUAAACUCAAGGACUCGUAUGUUUACAAGGAGUUGAAGCAAGUGAGGAAUUGUCGUCCGUCGUUCCACUCUUCUCUAGGCUUGUACGGCGGUUUGGCUUAUUCCGCGUUCUCAACGGCCGUGCGGGGAAAGGAACCUUGGACUCUCAGUCAUGGAGGUGCGGACCACUCCAAGUUGAAGCCAGCCAAGGAAUGUCAGCCCAUCGACUAUCCAAAGCCCGAUGGCGUCGUCACGUUUGACCUUCUCUCUUCUGUAGCACUCACAGGAACAAAUCACGAGGCAGAUCAACCGGCGCACUUGACGCUGCAAGACGAUUCAGUUCCAGUCAAGAAUAAUCUAGAAGUGUUUGAUGGACCCGAGGCCCGGUUUUGUCCUGCCGGUGUUUACGAAUAUGUUCCCUUGGAAACCGGUGACGGACAGAGGCUGCAGAUAAACGCACAAAAUUGCAUACAUUGCAAGACCUGUGAUAUCAAAGACCCGUCACAGAACAUAAAUUGGGUUGUUCCCGAAGGAGGUGGCGGACCAGCAUACAACGGAAUGUAAUUUAUAAAAAAAAUACCUAGCAAUAUUGCAAUGGCUAUUAAUACAUAAUA